CGUCGUUAUGAUUAUAAAAAAUGAUCCUAUUAUCCAGCAACUUAAGGAAAAAUGGGGAACAGAUGAGGAACCUAUUCCAAUCCAAACUGUCGUACCUGAGACUCUGGAGAUUAAAGAGAGUGUUGAUGAGGCUAAAACAGAUGGCAAUGAAGACUGUGAAUUGGUUACAGACCUGGAAAUUACAUCUGAGCACAAGCCUGAUGCUGUCACACCUGGUGGUAAGAGGCAUCUUCCUGCUGCAUCAAGUGAAUCCAUUGAUUUGGACGGAUUACAUGAUGGGGAACUGUCAUCAAACAAGCUGAAGAAGAUAAUUAAAAUGGAGAAGAUUGAUUAGAUCUAUUUUUAUUUUGUGUGUGUUUUGCUUAGGUGUUUGUUAUAAAAACUGAAUGUUAGUUUCCUUUGCUUUUAAU